AUGGGGGCAGCAUCCAUAACAAAGAUGCUCAUGGUUUGGCUGUUGCUGUCAGUGGGCCUGGCCCGGGUGGCUCUGGGGAGCACAGUUCAUCUCAGGAGAGCCAAUGACAGGAACGGUAGAUGCAUCUACUCAUUUGCCGUCCCCAGCCCGAAUGAGGCCAGCUGUCCAGAACUGGGCCAGGCAACAUCAGCCAUCUGGGAGCUCCAGAGGGAGAGCAACGUGCAGCGCUCGGAGCUAGAGUCAGCCAAGGCCAGGCUGAGCCUCCUGGAGAACUUGGUGACCCAGCUGCACGUGGCGCUGGGGGCAGGGGGCUCCUCCGCUUCUGCUGAGGAGCUCCAGAGAGAGCUGGACAGGCUGAGGAUGGAGAGAGCCCAGCAGGAGUCUCAAAUCAGCAGGCUGGAGGCUGCCUACAGCACCCUUGGGCAGGAGAAGUCCUUCCUGGAAGAGGAGAAGAGGCGACUGGAGCAGGAAAAAGCUGAGCUGGGAAGGAGGCUGGAGAGCAACACCCAGGAGAUAGCUCGGCUGAGGGCCAGCCAGCAUCACCAGGUCAGCGAGGCGCCCGCCCAGGACUCCCAGCGAGGCUCCCAAGAAGUUUCCAAGUGGGAUCUGGAGAGUUUUGACUAUCAGGAGCUGAAAUCUGAGCUGACGGAGGUGCCCGCUUCCAGCGUCUUCGAGGAGCGCCCCUCCCCCAGCCACCCUGCCACUGGGGACAUGGCCACUGGGUGUGGAGAGCUGGUCUGGGUGGGGGAACCUGUGACCUUCCGCAGGGCUGAGACUAUUGCUGGCAAGUAUGGCGUGUGGAUGAAGGACCCAGAGCCUGUUCCCCCCUACACCCGCGAGACCACCUGGAGAGUCGAUGCCAUUGGCACUGACAUCCGCCAGGUCUUUGAAUACGACGACGCUGAUCAGUUCAUGAAGGGCUAUCCCUCCAAGGUCCACGUCCUGCCCUGGUCCAUGGAGAGCACUGGAGCCAUCAUAUACAGGGGCUCCCUGUACUUCCAGCGGCGCAAGUCCAGGACGGUGGCCAAGUACGACCUGAAGACAGAAACAAUCACAGUCCAAAAGGACAUCCCCAGUGCUGGCUACCAUGGCCAAUUCCCCUAUUCCUGGGGUGGGUACACAGACGUUGACCUAGCUGUUGAUGAGAUGGGGCUGUGGGUGACAUACAGCACAGACAAGGCCAAAGGGGCCAUCGUCCUCUCCAAACUGGAUCCAGAGACGCUGGAGGUUGAGCAGACCUGGGAAACCAACAUCCGCAAGCAAGCCGUGGCCAAUUCCUUUAUGAUCUGUGGCACCUUGUACACCAUCAGUAGCUACUCAGCCCCAGACGCCACGGUCAACUUUGCCUACCACACGGCCACCAGCACCAGCGAGCCACUGAGCAUCCGCUUCGAGAACCGCUAUGGGUACAGCAGCAUGGUGGACUACAACCCCACGGAGAGAAAGCUCUUCGCUUGGGACAAUUUCAACAUGGUCACCUAUGACAUCAGACUCUCCAUGAUAUGA